ACGGUCAUUAAUUGCUGAUCAUUGUCAAAUUAGAUAAAAAAACAUGUUCAAACAAUAUUGACUUCGGACGUUAUUAGAUUCGGGUUUUCAUCAUAGUUAAUCAUUGAAUGUUAACUUGACCAGACACUGAAGACAUAAUAAUAUUACAAAGAAGAAAAAAAAAUUGCACACGUAUUGCACUGGGGAGUGCAUUGAUUCCGAUAUAACUUUAAUUCGUCAGAUUGUUUUUCUCGGUUUUUCUUUUCGUAUUUAUAUAUUUUGUGUUGUGCACAGUAGAGAACCAAGUGCAUCGCUGGCGUUCGGUUUAGGUUUUUUUUUGUCGAUAUUUAAACGCAGAAAAACUGAAUUUGCUUGCAUUUAAAAGUGAAAUUCUUAUGAGAUCAAUCGAGAGUGAUUUUUUUGUGGUUUCUUCUUUGGGAAAUAUUUUAAAUUUUUUUUUUUUUAUUGAAGACGUUGUGUUUGUAAAUUUAAUUACUUUUGUUUUGGAUUAAUUUGAACUAGAAAAUAAUAAUUAUGACGAAAUAUAUGCUGAUUGUGCUAAUGAGUUGUUAUAUAUCAUCAACCGUAUCGGCACAAGGGAAAAGUCCUGAAUACAUCAAACAAUGUCGCCAGAGUGAUCCCAGGCUAAUUGAAUGUUUAAAAAAUUCGUUGCAUCACUUGAAACCAUACUUGGCCCAAGGAAUUCCAGAAAUUGAGAUGCCAUCAGUGGAACCGUUUCUUAUGGAUUCUUUAUCGUUGCAAUUGACUGGAGGACCACAAGGAUACCGUGUAACGUUGAAAAAUAUGGAAAUAUUCGGAGCUAGCAAUUAUACGGUCAAUUCAGUCAAAUUAAGUAGAAAUGGUGCACCAUUCGAGGCGAGCAUUACGAUUCCCAGACUGUCAAUUCGUGCUAAAUAUACGAGUUCAGGUGUUCUAAUCAUCAUUCCAGCUAGUGGACAAGGAGAUUUUGAUGCUACUUUAGAUGGCGUUGCUGUCGACCUGAAAGGAACCGUAUCGAAUGAGAUAAAAUCAACUGGAACGUAUAUGCAUGUCGAGAGUUUGGUAUUGAAUUUGAAUGUUAAAAAAGUUCGAAUGAACAUUGCGAAGGUGUUCAAGAACAACCGAAUUUUGACUGAAGCGACAAACCUAUUUUUGCGCGAAAAUGGACUCGAAGUUUUGAAAGCAAUGCAACCGCAGCUUCAGAAGAAAUUAUCCGCUAAAUUUUCAGGCAUUGCCAAUCAAUUGUUGCUUCAUGUACCGGUUGAACAAUUUUUGCUGGCUUAACGGUAUUGAAGAUCGUUGAAUUUAGUGCGAUUACGUAGAUUACCAAAUACUUUUUGACGAAAUUUUUUUUGUAUUAUUUUUUAGGUUAAGAAAACACAAUUGUUGGAGAAAAAAUAAAAUGUGAUCGGGAGAAAUAUUUUUGUACCAAAAG